GAUCCACUCACUCAGGUGCCAAACAAGAUGCCAUAGUGGCCAUUUUUGUUCCGUCGUCGUCAUCCCCUUUCCUCCUCUAACUUAUGAUGGUGCCACGUUUAACAAUCCUCAUACUGGCAGUUAGUAUCGUCACUAGUAACACAACAGCUACAAACAUCACGGAGGGAAGUGGUACAGCUAGAACCACUACUAUCUCGGUGUUUGGUUCAGAUAUCAGCACUGAUGCUGUCACUGCGACAACAGAGGCUUCCAACACAACCUCAUAUCGGCACAGAAACGGGACGUUUAUUGUGCCGGAACCGAAGCUAAUUGACGAGGACAGCGGGAUUGGCAUCGAUGCUAUUUUUGGGGAGCCCUCGAACGAAACAGAAGCAGAAGACGAGGACCUGGGGAGUGGUAUUUCUAACGCUGCCAACGGUUCAAGAACAGGUGACUCAAACCCAAAGACCCAGGGAGAACACCCUAACAAGAUCGUACCAUCCUCCCGAACCACCGCUCGACCUAACGAUGUCACCACGUCUACCGAGGGGAUCAUCAUCAGCGUUAUACUAGCUGGACAUGGCCUGAACCAACCCUCCGUCCCGCCCAAACGGGACCGGGGCGACUCUGGUGACUUCCUCGGGACGACUGACGCCCCCGUCCCGAAGCCUGCCCCGAAGAGCUCGAGCGGGAACCUGGUGGUGAUCAUCCCGCUGGUGUGUCUGGGGUUCGUCCUGCUGGUGCUGGUGGUGGUGCUGCACUGUCAGAACACACGAGAGCGGAGAAGAGUACGUCAGCUGAAGGUCCUGAUGCGCCGAGAUGCCCGGAUGUCCGGCCGGUCCACGGACCCCCUCUGGCGGAGCGACCGGAGCUGCACCAGCCGCGGUGCGCGCAGCUCCACCAGCCGGGGCGCGCGUACCAGCUCCCGCAGCCAGCGGAGUCAGAGGAGCUACGAGUUAAAAGAGCUCCCCCACUGUGCCGAGUGUUACCACAGCGCAGCGCGGCAGAAACAGACGAACGGCUACCCCGGCGGGAAGUCGGGUAACGGGCCCGUCACCAGAUCUGAUCCCAACAUCCUGGGCCACCGGAGCACGAAGGGUCCUGUGGAGUAUUUCCUGGACGACGAGCUGUAUAAGAUCUCCCUAACCACCAUCCACAGGAAGACGCAGUCCGAACCUACCAGACUCAAUGCUCAAAUGGCCUUAGAUGAUGCCGUGGUGGAGACUCCGUUCCAGCGGGUCCCCAACAACUCGCCUGCGGGGUCCUGCCCCACCACGCCCCACCCGCGCUACAUCAACAUGACGGAGCCGGACAGCCACCUGCUGGCGGCCUCUCUCAGCAGGCUGGACAAGUGGACGGACAACAGGCUGUACGAACCGCCCGAUGACGUGGCUCUGAAUGGGGGAGUCCUGCCUCUACACCACCUGCAGCUGUUCCCUAACAGGGACGUCUAUCAGGACCUGAACUCCAACUCCAUCCAGAGCUCCAUGGGUCCGGGCCUGGACAGCGACUUCGGCGCCAGUGCCGGACUCUCUCUGCGCAUCAUGUCAUCGGACUCAAGCAUAACGGGUUACCCCACCACCAAUAGCGGUCACACAGGGGAGGCGCUGUCUACGGAGUCUUCCCUCACCUCUACCAUAACCCCGACCCCGGCUAGCAGUACCGCCUGGACAGGACAGGGGGACACCGACCUGUACCACACCCUGUCUGGACGGGAUAACCAGGGGCAAGUACCGCUACUCAGCAUGGAGGAACACUGGGUUUAGAUAUGGGAUUCAAUUGGUGCAGUACCGCAUGGGCAGGGCAGGUGGUCACCCACCUAUACCAUACCCUGUCAAUACGGGAUAUUAACCAGGAACAGGUACUACUCCGCACGGAGGAAUACUGGGUAUGUAUAGUUGAUUCAAAGUGGUGGUUCGAAACAAGGAAACGAGGUUGAGUGGCAUCUAAAGCCAAGAAAAAUUCCUCAGAUUCUAUCAUUCUAAGUUCAAUUGGACUAUUUAUGUAAACCUUUUUUUUCUCAUUUGGAGAUCAGAAUCUAGAUGUGCGCACCUUAGUGGAGGUUGAUACUUACAAUUCAGUUCGUUGUUUUCCCAUGUUAUCAGAGAUUUAUCAUUCGAAUGAAUGUGACACCUUAGUAAAGGCACGAUUUGAAUUCUAUUCUGUAAAAAUUCUAUUCUGUAUCUGUGCAAGCUUCAGUUUGUUAGUUUGCCCUGUCACAUCUAUAGUUUGAAUGAAUGCUAAAACUCAGUUAUUAGCAUUACUUUAAAUCUGUUCUUGUUAAAGUUGAAGAAUAUUUUCUGUGUAAGCUUCAGUUCGUUGUUUUCCCUUGUCGGCAUAGAUCUAUAACUAAAUGAAUGCGACGACAUAGUUGAGGACCCUUCUUUAAAUCUAUCUUUGAGGAGAUUAUCUGUGUAACAGUUUUGUUGUUUUCCCUUCUUGUCGUUUGGGUAGAUAUUAUACCUCUAAAUGAAUACAUAUCUCUGUUUAAUUCAAAGCUGGAAUCUUCACUCAUUCUCGGAAGCUACGAAAAAAAGUUAUCUAAUGUUGUGGAGAAAUUCUAUUGCGUAUAUAUUAUGUUCCACGACUUCACAGAUGACGAUCAUGUUAUGUUUUCGCGAAAAUAUCUAUUAGAUAUGUGGUCAUAGCAAAAAUGGCAAAAAUGUAUUAGCAUUUAGACUGCAUCGAUAAAAAGAAAAGUUCAUAUUGUUUGACGUUAUAAGUUACGUUCUUUGCAUAUUAGAAUUACAUAUAUAUUUCUCUUUAAAAAUAAAGCACAUUUUGUUGUUAA